AUGGCGCACCGCGCGGGGCUCAGGACUACAACCCCCAUGAGGCAUCACGCGACACGCAGCCAAUGGGAGCCUGGAAAGAGGGGCGAAGCCAAUCAGGAAGAAGGGCGGGGUUUCGCGGGCAGUUUAAAGGCGGCGCAGGGGCAGGAGCCCGCCCAGAGCGGCGGGGCCGCGGCCGGGGUCGGACCGGGGCCAGACCGAGACCGGGACCGGGACCGGGACCGGGGCGAUGUGCAGUACCUUGUAGGAAAUUCAGUGCCUGUGCGAGUGUUCUGGGACCGCAGAGGAGGUGCAGGCCCAGUGGGGAGGUGUGAGGGGCUGAGCGGGCCUGAGGGGACGCUGUUGCCACCGAGCACAAAACACAGAACCAGCACACGACCACAUGAGGACCCAGAGCAUCGGACCGAGCAGCCCGGUGCCCCAGCCCCAGCUGCCUGCUGUGGGGCAGAACCCCGACCCCAGGAGGGCUCCAUGGCCGUGGUGCUGCGUGUGAGACCCCCCAGCCCCCGGGAGCGAGGGGCACCCACGGUCCUGCACGUCCUGAACGAGCACACGGUGCUGCUCAGCACCGAGGAGCCCGGUGGCACCGGCAGCACCGACACCACCGGCAGCACCGACAGCACCGCGCCGCUCACCCGCUGCCCCGGGAGCCCCCGCAAAAACCUCCAAUUUGAGUUCGACCACGUUUUUGACCAGAGGGCCACGCAGCAGGAGGUGUUCCAGCACACCACGCUCCCUCUGCUGGAAACCCUCCUGGCUGGCCACAACUGCUCCGUGUUUGCCUACGGUGCUUCAGGGGUGGGGAAGACCCACACCAUGAUGGGCUCCAAGAGCACUCCUGGCAUCGUGCACCUGGCCACGCUGGAGCUGUACAAGAGGCUCGAGGCCAUGAAGGACAAGAGCUGUGAGGUCCUCGUCUCCUACCAGCAGGUGUACAAAGAACGUGUCUAUGACCUCCUGCAGCCCCAGGGCCCGCUGAAUGUCUGGGAGCAGCCUGGGAAAGGAGCCGUGGUCCAGGGUCUCUCCUUCCACCAGCCCACAUCACCAGAGCAGCUCCUGGACAUGUUGGCCAAAGGCAAUAAAAACCGAGCCCAGAGGCCCACCAAGGCCAACGCCGCCUCCUCCCGCUCCCACGCCAUCUUCCAGAUCCAGGUGAAGCUUUGUGACCCCACUGGUGGCCUCGCUGGGGACCCACGCGUGGCCAAGCUGAGCUUCAUCGACCUGGCGGGCUCAGAGGGAGCCUGGGCCAGCACGGGCCGGGGAGAGGGGCUGUGGGAGGGCACCAGCAUCAACCGCUCGCUGCUGGCCCUCAAAAGCGUCAUCCGCGCUCUGGCUGGAGCCAAGGGCGGGCAGAGCCAUGUGCCGUUCCGGGACAGCAAACUGACUCUGCUGCUGAAGGACUCGCUGGGUGGCAGCUGCCGCACCGCCGUGAUCGCGGCCGUGAGCCCCUCCGCGCCCGCCGGCCGCGACACCCACGGCACGCUGCGCUUCGCCAGCCGCGCCCGCCGCGUCCUGCGCCCGGGCACCGGGAUGUCUCCCUGCAGCUCCAGAAGAGCCUCCCUGCCCAAUCUGCAGUGCCAGAUGAGGACACCAAGUCCCUUUCUGCAGGACCUGCAGGACCAGGAAGAGAACCUCUGCCCUGAUGAAAUUACUGCAAAGACAAAGGAAGUGAAGGUCCUGGCACUGGAGGAGUCCACAGGGCUGGAGGAGUCCAGAGGACUGGAGGAGUCCACAGGGCUGGAGGAGUCCACAGGGCUGGAGGAGUCCACAGAUCUGGAGGAGUCCACUGGACUGGAGGUUUCCACAGGGCUGGAGGUUUCCACAGGGCUGGAGGAGUCCAGAGGACUGGAGGAGUCCACAGGGCUGGAGGAGUCCACAGAUCUGGAGGAGUCCAACAGACUGGAGGUUUCCACAGGGCUGGAGGAGUCCACAGAGCUGGAAGAGUCCACAGGGCUGGAGGAGUCCACUGGACUGGAGGUUUCCACAGGGCUGGAGGUUUCCACAGGGCUGGAGGAGUCCAGAGGAUUGGAGGUUUCCACAGGGCUGGAGGAGUCCGCAGAGCUGGAGGAAGCUGCACGUCCCUGUAGCCCCGCAGAGCCCAGCGAGGAUGCUCCAGCCCCAGGAAUGCAGCUGAGCUGUGCCGCCGAGGCUCCUGUCACCGUGCCAGAUCCCGCUGUGCCCAGCCCCGACCCGGGAUGCUCCCAGGAGCUCAGCCCCGACCCGGGAUGCUCCCAGGAGCUCAGCCCCGACCCGGGAUGCUCCCAGGAGCUCUCUCCGCGCUCCAGCCCCGACCCGGGAUGCUCCCAGGAGCUCGCUCCCUUCUCCAGCCCCAACCCGGGAUGCUCCCAGGAGCUCUCUCCGUGCUCCAGCCCCAGGCCGAUGUCUCUCGGGCCGGUUAAGAGAAGACCCGAGUGGAGCAGCGGUUCCUACUCAGAAUAUUCCCGCGGCUCCCGAGCACGGGAGAAGCGCUGGCGGUGCCCCACACAGAGCUGCCCUGAGCUCCCGGGGCCGCGCUGUGCCAGCCUCCAGCCCUGCCAAAGCCCUGGCACCCCGAAACCAGCGGCUGCAGGCACCCCCAGCCCCCUGCCCGCACCGCCAGAGCCCCGGGCAGCCCUCCCGCCCCCACUCCAAAGCACCUCUCACAGCAUCCGAGCUCCAAACGCCCCCAGCUCCCCCCUGCCCCGCCUGUCCUGCAGCCCCCCGGGCAUCCCCCCCUGCCCCGCCGUGCCCUUCUGGCCGUGGUUCCAGCUGCAAACCCGCCUUUGUGCCCCCUCUGUCGGCUCAGUCCUCUACGUGUGUUUGCAGGUUAUGGGUGGCUUUAGGAACUAAGUUACUGUGCUUUUAAUAAAUUGUUCUGUCCCAAA